GAUUCACCACAUGUCUUACGACCUCGCACCCGCCCCGAGGUUGACCUGCAUCCGGUGACCGGAGGGCUGGGAGUCCAGGGGCAGGCCCUAGGCGCCCGUUUGCGCCAAGGGGUCCUCGGCCUGCGGGCUGGGCUUUCCGGGGUGCACCUCCCCGCUCCACUCCUCGUUGACUUCCUUCCUGAGCUGGACGCGGUGUCCCAUGUGGGCCUCAGCUUCUCUACGGCUCCUUGCUUCUCGGACAGAAUUUUCUGAGGCCCAGGGGCUUAGCUUUUUGGUUUCACCUAACCCUAAGGAGGCCGAGGAAGCGUUGCCUUUUUGCGGAGACUCUACGCAAGAUGCGUUUCCUGUGCAUUUGGGUUUCCUCUUAAGGCAGUUUUGUGGUUACCUUUGGCAGGAAAUAAUGUUGAUAUUUGGAACCCAUGUCGAACUUCUAUGAAGAAAGGGCAACAAUGAUUGCAGCCGGGGAUUUGCAGGAAUUUGUUCCUUUUGGUCGAGACCACUGCAAGCACCACCCUAAUGCUUUGAACCUUCAGCUUCGCCAGCUGCAGCCAGCCUCUGAGUUAUGGUCUUCUGAUGGUGCUGCUGGCUUGGUGGGAUCCCUUCAGGAGGUUACAAUCCACGAGAAACAGAAGGAAAGCUGGCAGUUAAGGAAAGGUGUCAGCGAAAUUGGAGAAGAAGUGGAUUAUGAUGAGGAACUCUACGUGGCUGGAAAUAUGGUGAUCUGGAGCAAAGGAAGUAAAAGCCAGGCAUUAGCUGUUUAUAAAGCAUUUACAGUUGACAGUCCUGUUCAGCAGGCAUUGUGGUGUGACUUCAUCAUAUCACAGGAUAAAUCUGAGAAGGCCUACAGUAGUGAUGAAGUAGAAAAAUGCAUAUGUAUAUUGCAAAGCUCAUGUAUUAACAUGCAUAGCAUAGAAGGAAAGGAUUAUAUAGCUUCUUUACCUUUCCAGGUUGCAAAUGUUUGGCCCACCAAAUAUGGGUUGUUGUUUGAACGAAGCAGUUCUACACAUGAGUUACCUCCAGGUCCACCCAGAGAACCUUUACCCACUAUGUUCAGCAUGCUGCAUCCACUAGAUGAAAUAACCCCACUUGUUUGUAAAUCUGGAAGUCUUUUUGGUUCAUCAAGAGUGCAAUAUGUUGUAGAUCAUGCAAUGAAAAUUGUUUUUCUCAACACUGACCCUUCCAUUAUAAUGACCUAUGACACUGUUCAAAGUUUGCAUUCUGUGUGGGCUCUCCGGAGAGUCAAACCAGAGGAAGAGAAUGUUGUCUUAAAGUUCUCUGAACAGGGGGGAACCCCACAGAAUGUGGCCACUAGUAGCUCCCUCACAGCACACCUCAGAAGCCUCUCCAAAGGAGAUUCCCCCGUGGCUUCACCUUUCCAGAAUUACUCCUCCAUUCACAGUCAGAGUCGCUCGACCUCCUCACCCAGUCUCCACUCUCGUUCACCUUCUAUUUCCAACAUGGCAGCUCUAAGUCGUGCUCAUUCUCCUGCCUUAGGAGUGCACUCUUUUUCAGGGGUGCAGAGGUUCAACCUUUCAAGCCAUAAUCAGUCUCCAAAGAGACAUAGUAUUUCUCAUUCUCCGAAUAGUAAUUCUAAUGGCUCCUUCCUUGCACCAGAAACAGAGCCAAUUGUUCCUGAACUUUGUAUUGACCAUUUAUGGACAGAAACGAUUACUAAUAUAAGAGAGAAAAAUUCACAGGCCUCAAAAGUGUUUAUUACGUCUGACCUAUGUGGGCAGAAGUUCUUGUGCUUUUUAGUGGAGUCCGAGCUCCAGUUACGCUGUGUAAAGUUUCAAGAGAGUAAUGAUAAAACUCAGCUCAUCUUUGGCUCCAUCACCAACAUACACGCGAAGGAUGCAGCUCCAGUGGAGAAGAUAGAUACCAUGCUGGUCCUUGAAGGCAGCGGAAACCUGGUGCUGUACACAGGAGUGGUUCGGGUGGGAAAGGUUUUCAUUCCGGGGCUGCCAGCUCCUUCCCUGACAAUGUCUAACACAAUGCCUCGGCCCAGCACUCCACUUGACAGUGUCAGUACUCCUAAGCCUCUCAGUAAACUACUUGGAUCCUUGGAUGAGGUUGUUCUAUUCUCCCCAGUUGCAGAACUGAGGGAUUCUUCCAAACUUCAUGACUCUCUCUAUAAUGAGGAUUGUACUUUCCAGCAGCUUGGAACUUACAUUCAUUCUAUAAGAGACCCUGUCCGUAACAGAGUAACUCUGGAAUUGAGUAACGGCUCCAUGGUUAGGAUUACUAUUCCUGAAAUUGCCACCUCUGAAUUAGUGCAAACAUGUUUGCAAGCAAUUAAGUUCAUCCUGCCAAAAGAAAUAGCUGUUCAGAUGCUUGUCAAGUGGUACAGUGUCCACAGUGCUCCGGGAGGACCCAGUUAUCACUCCGAGUGGAAUUUAUUUGUGACUUGUCUCAUGAACAUGAUGGGUUAUAACACAGACCGCUUAGCAUGGACCCGAAACUUUGACUUUGAAGGAUCACUUUCCCCAGUCAUUGCACCCAAAAAAGCAAGGCCUUCUGAGACAGGAUCUGAUGAUGACUGGGAGUAUUUACUGAAUUCAGACUACCACCAGAAUGUUGAGUCUCAUCUUUUGAAUAGAUCUUUAUGUUUGAAUCCUUUGGAAGUUUCACAGAUGAAGGAUGAAGAUUUUUCACAGAAUCUCAUUCUGGAUUCCUCUACACUUCUGUUUACUCAUAUACCUGCGAUUUUUUUUGUUCUUCACCUUGUUUACGAGGAGCUGAAGUUGAAUACUCUAAUGGGAGAAGGCAUCCGUUCACUUGUUGGCCUUCUUGUUCAGUUGGCAAGGGAUUUAAAAUUGGAGCCUUAUGUAGAUCAUUACUAUAGAGAUUACCCAACACUUGUCAGAACUACUGGACAAGUGUGCACAAUUGAUCAAGGUCAAACAGGAUUUAUGCAUCAUCCAUCUUUUUUUACUUCUGAGCCACCAAGCAUUUAUCAGUGGGUGAGUUCUUGUCUGAAGGGUGAAGGAAUGCCGCCCUAUCCUUACCUCCCCGGAAUCUGUGAAAGAAGUAGACUUGUAGUCUUGAGUAUUGCACUCUACAUACUUGGUAAUGAGAGCUCUGUUUCUGAUGAAUCUUCACAGUAUUUAUCCAGGAUAGCUAUAGUCCCCCAGAAGUCACAAGCAGAACAAGAAGAAAACAGGUUUAGUUUCAGGCAUUCUACAUCAGUUUCUAGUCUAGCUGAACGAUUAGUCGUCUGGAUGACCGAUGUAGGUUUCACUUUAAGAGACUUGGAAACUCUUCCCUUUGGAAUUGCUCUUCCCAUCAGAGAUGCAAUUUACCACUGUCGUGAACAGCCUGCUUCAGACUGGCCAGAAGCUGUCUGUCUCCUGAUCGGACGGCAGGAUCUGUCCAAACAGGCCUGCGAAGGAAACUUGCCCAAAGGGAAAUCUGUGCUCUCAUCAGAUGUUCCUUCAGGAACAGAAACUGAGGAGGAAGAUGAUGGCAUGAAUGACAUGAAUCAGGAAGUUAUGUCAUUAAUAUGGAGUGAAGAUUUAAGGGUGCAGGACGUGCGAAGACUUCUUCAAAGUGCGCAUCCUGUCCGUGUCAAUGUAGUACAGUAUCCAGAACUCAGUGACCAUGAGUUUAUUGAGGAAAAAGAAAACAGAUUGCUCCAGUUGUGUCAGCGAACUAUGGCCCUUCCUGUAGGACGAGGAAUGUUUACCUUGUUUUCAUACCAUCCUGUUCCAACGGAACCACUGCCUAUUCCUAAAUUGAAUUUGACUGGACGGGCCCCUCCUCGGAACACAACAGUAGACCUUAACAGUGGAAACAUCGAUGUGCCUCCCAACAUGACAAGCUGGGCCAGCUUCCACAAUGGUGUGGCUGCUGGCCUGAAGAUAGCCCCUGCCUCCCAGAUCGACUCAGCUUGGAUUGUUUAUAAUAAGCCUAAGCAUGCUGAGUUAGCCAAUGAAUAUGCUGGCUUUCUCAUGGCCCUGGGUCUGAAUGGGCACCUUACCAAGCUGGCUACUCUCAAUAUCCAUGACUACUUGACCAAGGGUCAUGAAAUGACAAGCAUUGGACUGCUCCUUGGUGUUUCUGCUGCUAAACUGGGCACCAUGGAUAUGUCAAUUACUCGGCUUCUUAGCAUUCACAUUCCUGCCCUCUUACCCCCAACGUCCACAGAGCUUGAUGUUCCUCAUAAUGUCCAGGUGGCUGCAGUGGUUGGCAUUGGCCUUGUAUAUCAGGGGACAGCUCACAGGCACACUGCGGAAGUCCUGUUGGCUGAGAUAGGACGGCCCCCAGGUCCCGAAAUGGAAUACUGCACUGACAGAGAGUCCUACUCUUUAGCUGCUGGCUUGGCCCUGGGCAUGGUUUGCUUGGGGCAUGGCAGUAAUUUGAUAGGUAUGUCUGAUCUCAAUGUGCCUGAGCAGCUGUAUCAGUACAUGGUUGGAGGUCAUAGGCGCUUUCAAGCAGGAAUGCACAGGGAGAAGCAUAAAUCCCCAAGUUAUCAAAUCAAAGAAGGAGAUACCAUAAAUGUUGAUGUAACUUGUCCAGGUGCCACUCUAGCUUUGGCCAUGAUCUACUUAAAAACCAAUAACAGAUCUAUUGCAGAUUGGCUUCGAGCUCCUGACACCAUGUAUUUGCUGGACUUUGUGAAACCGGAAUUUCUCUUGCUUAGGACACUUGCUCGAUGCCUGAUUCUGUGGGAUGAUAUUUUACCAAAUUCCAAGUGGGUUGAUAGCAAUGUUCCUCAAAUUAUAAGAGAAAAUAGCAUCUCUCUCAGUGAAAUUGAAUUGCCUUGCUCAGAGGAUUUGAAUUUGGAAACUUUAUCGCAGGCGCAUGUCUACAUAAUUGCAGGAGCCUGCUUGUCUCUGGGUUUUCGAUUUGCGGGCUCAGAAAACUUAUCAGCGUUUAACUGUUUGCAUAAAUUUGCAAAAGAUUUUAUGACAUAUUUGUCUGCACCUAAUGCUUCUGUAUAUGCUGUCUCUUUGCAUUUCCAGACAGGGCCGUACAACCUGGAGACCUGCCUGAGUGUGGUGCUUCUGUCUCUCGCCAUGGUGAUGGCUGGCUCGGGGAACCUAAAGGUUUUGCAGCUCUGUCGCUUCUUGCACAUGAAAACAGGUGGUGAAAUGAACUAUGGCUUCCACUUAGCCCAUCACAUGGCCCUUGGACUUCUCUUUCUGGGAGGAGGAAGGUACUCUUUGAGUACAUCAAACUCUUCCAUUGCUGCUCUCCUCUGUGCCCUUUACCCACACUUCCCAGCUCACAGCACUGACAACCGGUAUCAUCUCCAGGCUCUGCGGCACCUAUAUGUGCUGGCUGCAGAACCGAGGCUCCUGGUGCCUGUGGACGUGGAUACAAACAUGCCCUGCUAUGCCCUUUUAGAAGUUACCUAUAAGGGUACUCAAUGGUAUGAACAAACCAAAGAAGAAUUGAUGGCCCCUACCCUUCUUCCAGAACUCCACCUUUUAAAGCAGAUUAAAGUAAAAGGGCCACGAUACUGGGAACUGCUCAUAGAUUUAAGCAAGGGAACACAACACUUGAAAUCAAUCCUUUCUAAGGAUGGGGUUCUAUAUGUUAAGCUCAGAGCGGGUCAGCUCUCCUACAAGGAAGAUCCGAUGGGGUGGCAAAGUUUGUUGGCCCAGACUGUUGCUAACAGGAACUCUGAAGCUCGGGCUUUCAAGCCAGAAACAAUUUCAGCAUUCACUUCUGAUCCAGCACUUCUGUCAUUUGCUGAAUAUUUCUGCAAACCGACCGUGAACAUGGGUCAGAAACAGGAAAUUCUGGAUCUGUUUUCUUCAGUACUUUAUGAAUGUGUUACUCAGGAGACCCCAGAGAUGUUGCCUGCAUACAUAGCAAUGGAUCAGGCUAUGAGAAGACUAGGAAGAAGAGAGAUGUCCGAGACAUCUGAACUUUGGCAGAUAAAGUUGGUGUUAGAGUUUUUCAGCUCCAGGAGCCAUCAGGAACGGCUGCAGAACCAUCCUAAGCGGGGACUCUUUAUGAACUCUGAGUUCCUCCCUGUUGUCAAAUGCACUAUUGAUAAUACUCUGGACCAGUGGCUACAAGCUGGGGGUGAUGUGUGUGUGCACGCCUACCUCAGUGGGCAGCCCUUUGAGGAAUCUCAGCUGAGCAUGCUGGCCUGUUUCCUCGUCUACCACUCGGUACCAGCGCCAUGGCACCUGCCGUCUGUAGGACUAGAAGGGAGCACAAGCUUUGCUGAACUCCUCUUCAAGUUUCAACAUCUGAAAAUGCCAGUGCGAGCUUUGCUAAGAUUGGCUCCUUUGCUUCUUGGAAAUCCACAGCCAAUGGUUAUGUGAUUGCAUCUGGUGGUAAACCUACCCUGAAACGUGACUUCUGCACAGAAACACGACCAAACAACGUAGUUGAUGAAAUGUUUAUAAGUUUUAUAAUAUAACUAGGGGGAAUUGAGCUGCACAAACCUCAGUGUAUUUUAAUAUCCAAGUGUUUUCAGUGUUCCAGAGGCUCUGUUGCUGUUGGCAUUAACAUUAUAUGAUAUAUAAAAGUGAGUUAAAGUUUACUUUUGUAAAUAAAGUUUUUUGGUUUGUUUUCCUAA